UCUCAAGAGAUCGCGAGAAUUUUAAACUAGAAGUAGAAAAAAAUCGCAAUUCUUUUUUGUAAUGAAAUGUGUUCAAUGAAUAAGUGAAGCUUGUUUUUUUUCCCAAUCGCACUAGUGAACUAAAUGUCUUUUAUGUAUUAAAAAAAACUACUGGUAAGCACUUGAGUAAAAGUUAAUACUAAACGACGUGUAAACACAUACACGGCACGCGUGCACGCGCCUAUUCGCCGUGCGCGCGUGCCGUUGAGCUUGAGAAAGCGUGGACGUCACAUCGUCCUCCUCACAUCACUCCUUCCAUCUCUAGAUCGACUCUCCUUUUUCUCCCUCCUGACACUUUUCCUCCACUUUCGGCUCACGCGAUUACUUUUUUGAAACAACUCGAAGCAACUUGUUUGGAUCCAGCCACUUUCCUUCCCGAUGUAGGACCGCGCGCGGCGCUCCCGGCGACCGAGGAGCGGACUUCUCGUGCCGGAGGCGGAGAGAUGCCCCGGGUGGGAUGUGCUCCAGCCGCAAAAUCCUGUGGAGCCUUCUCCUCCUGUCCGUGGUGGAGGUGGGCCUGGGCGUGGCGAGCAUCGUCCUCGGAGCCGUGGGCAUCAGCUGGGCUCGGGGGGAGCACAAGCCGCGGCAAGGCGACGCUUCGCCCGUGUGGAGCGGACUCUGUUUUCUGCUCUGCGGGAUGUGCGGAGUGUUGUGCGCUCGAAAGAGAACCGGCCUUACUAUGAUUUUGUUCUCGGCGUGCUGCAUCUGCGGUCUGAUUGGCGGCAUCCUCAACUUCCAGUUUGUCCGUGCGCUCACAAAACGACCAGAUUCCAUGCAAUCCAUCCACUUUGCUGCCAUGACUCUGGCCUGUCUGGGGAUCUCCUCAUGUACAUUAUCCACUUGGCUCACCUGUCGUCUGGCCAGUUCCGAGCAACAGAGGAUGUUCUUGGAGAGGGAGCACUCCUUGCACCAUUCACACGAGAUGACAGAGAAGGACAUCUUGGACAACUCCAGUCACGGUAUACCUCAGCUCUCCUACAACGGACACACCAGUGCAUCACCAUGAUGACAACUUGAAUCAUUUGCUGUCAAUACAUAAAGCGUGGCUGUACUGCAGGCGCAAAAAUGCUUUGACGUAUAACAAUAUCAAUCACAGGAGGGGGACUCUGUGCAGACAGUGAAGUGAGAUUUUUAUUUCUUAUUAUUAUUAGGAUGGAUGGAGUGCAUUGGACCUAACCAAAGAGGAUGAAUUGACAUUUUAGUGUCAAAUAACCACUUGAUGUCAUCAAAACUUUAAAUGAAUGAGCAGAAUGGAAAAUAUUUUCUUUCUCUACUGCCUCAAAAUCAGUUAGUCAGGCUUUACCUCAGUGUGGGUUUUAAUUCAACAUUUUCUAAUCUGCUUAUCCUCGCAAGGGUUGCGGGUGUGCUGUAGCCUAACCCAGCUAGGGUGUUCAAUUAACCUGUCAUGCAUGUUUUUUUUGGAAUGUGGGAGGAAAAAGGAGUACCCGGAAAUAAUUCAUGAAGGCACGGAGGGAGCAUGCAAACUCCACACAGGGAGGCCAGAGCUGGAAUCGAACCCUGCACUGCUGCACUGUGAGUGAGACAUGCUCACCAGUCGUCCACCGUACUGCCCUAUUAAUUGGAACAAAAUAGUUAUAAUUUUGCCUAUCUGUAAAACUUUGCUACAUUCUACUAUUUGGCAGUACAAGUUCAUCUCAGUAAACUAGAAUAUAGUGGGGGAACGUUCUUUAGUUCAGAAGCUCACUUCAAAAAGAGUAUUUGGAUUGACUUGAUGAUUUUUUCUAUAUUUUCUUAGAGCUCCUAAAACUAACCUUUUGAAAAAUCUAUUCUAAUUCAUUCAUAUGUAUCAGUGUCAGUCACACCUACCAGUAACAACAUGACCUUAUUAUUAAAUGAAGACCUGUCUGGCAAUGUCAAGAGGGCAAUAGUAUCCUAAAGGCAAAAAUAUAGCUAUGGGUUGGGAUGGAUAUAGUUAAGCUUGUGCAAAUGUACCUCGUAACAUUACUGUCAGGAAUGUAGUACAUACUGUACAUAUUUUUAUAAAUACUUUUAACUAUGGGUAAGUCAAUAAAAGUCUAAUACAACAUU